CUCCUCCCUCCGAUCUAUUUCCAGUGACAUCUCGCAUCUGGUAAUAAUUCCUCUACCAACCUACGAAAAAUAUCUCUGGUCUUCCUCUCUUCCUCCUCUUCCACUUGACUCUUCGUCCUACUCUCCCAAUUAUCAGGUAUAUUCUUAAUCCGGGGUUGACUUCCCAUAUACACCCUCUAUAUCCUCCAUUGUUGUUGUUGUUGUUCUCCGCCUCUUACACAUACUUCAGUUUUUUUAAUUCUAUCCUCCCUCUCCUCCUCUUACGAUCAUCAUGUCCGCCAAAUCGAUUCUCGAGGCUGAUGGCAAGGCCAUCCUCAACUACCACCUCACUCGUGCCCCCGUCAUCAAGCCGACUCCUCUCCCUCCUUCCUCCACGCACAACCCUCCUCCCAAGCUCGCCUCCCUCUACUUCCCCGAAGAUGAGUCCGUCAAGGAUGUUCUCGACCAGGCUGAGGUCCUCUACCCGUGGCUGUUGACCCCCGGCUCCAAGUUCGUGGCCAAACCCGAUCAAUUGAUCAAGAGACGUGGAAAGAGCGGCCUGUUGGCCCUGAACAAGACCUGGGCUGAGGCUCGGGAGUGGAUUGAGGCUCGCGCUGGCAAGGAGAUCCAGGUCGAGACCGUGGCCGGCUACCUCCGUCAGUUCCUGGUUGAGCCUUUCGUGCCUCACCCCCAGGAGACUGAGUACUACAUCAACAUCCACUCCGUGCGUGAGGGUGACUGGAUCCUCUUCACUCACGAGGGUGGUGUCGAUGUCGGUGAUGUCGAUGCUAAGGCUGAGAAGCUCCUCAUCCCCGUCAACCUCAAGAACUACCCCUCCAACGAGGAGAUCGCUGCUACUCUCCUGAGCAAGGUCCCCAAGGGUGUCCACAACGUCCUCGUUGACUUCAUCUCCCGCCUCUACGCCGUCUACGUGGACUGCCAGUUCACCUACCUCGAGAUCAACCCUCUGGUUGUCAUCCCCAACGCGGAUGCCACCUCCGCUGAAGUCCACUUCCUCGAUCUGGCUGCCAAGCUCGACCAGACCGCUGAGUUCGAGUGCGGUACCAAGUGGGCCAUUGCCCGCAGCCCCGCCAACCUGGGCAUGCCCGUCAUCAAGAGCGAGAAGGUCAACGUCGAUGCUGGCCCUCCCAUGGAGUUCCCCGCUCCUUUCGGUCGUGAGCUGAGCAAGGAGGAGAAGUUCAUCUCCGAGAUGGACGCCAAGACCGGUGCCUCCCUUAAGCUGACCGUCCUCAACGCCAACGGCCGUGUCUGGACCCUGGUUGCUGGUGGUGGUGCCUCCGUUGUGUACGCCGAUGCCAUUGCCUCUGCUGGCUUCGUCAGCGAGUUGGCCAACUACGGUGAGUACUCCGGUGCUCCCACCGAGACUCAGACCUUCAACUACGCCCGCACCAUCCUCGACCUGAUGCUGCGUGCCCCCACCCACCCCGAGGGCAAGGUCCUCUUCAUCGGUGGUGGUAUUGCCAACUUCACCAACGUUGCCUCGACCUUCAAGGGUGUCAUCCGCGCUCUCCGCGAGGUUGCCCCGGUCCUCAACGAGCACAAGGUCCAGAUCUGGGUUCGUCGUGCCGGUCCCAACUACCAGGAGGGUCUCAAGAACAUCAAGGCCGUUGGUGAGGAGCUUGGCCUCAACAUGCACGUCUACGGCCCCGAGAUGCACGUCAGUGGUAUCGUGCCCCUUGCCCUUCUCGGCAAGAAGUCCGACAUCAAGGAGUUCGGUUCCGCGUAAGAGGAAAAGGAGGGUCUUUUCUGCUGAUUCCCCUUUCUAUUUUUUAAUUUAAUCUUCCUAUGAGAUUCUAUUUUCUGAAUGCAUGGCAUGAUACGGUUGUUUUACGUCAUUCUGUUAUUUUACUCCUUUUUUUUUAUCUUUUCUUGACGGCACACACACAUGGAUUCCCCGGCUUUGCUUUGAUUUCAAGUGCAAGGGAAAGACGGGACUUGAUCCGUUCUGGAGUUGAAACACUGCUUAGACUUGUGAUAGUCGUGAAUACAACGAUACGAU